CAACUUGACGUCCAGGAUUUUGAUCCAUCUCGCAUCACCGAAGGCAUUCUCGAGCUAAACUUCUAUAAUGGGGAUUGGAUCGUAUAUUCUGCUCAUAAAUGCAACGCCCUGGCCAUUUCAACUCGCUGGGCAGCAUUCUUAUCAGAUGAACACGUGGGACUUUCCAGCCGUAGUGGAGAGUGGUUCAGCCAGAGUCUACAUGGAAGAUCAAGGAGGAGUCACUGAGGGAGACGAUGGGGCGGAAGCCCUCUACGCAAUCAACAACGAUUCUGAUUUUGAAUUCGAGAUACUCUAUCGCUCUGACUAUGGCGUCGGAACAGGGCCUCUUUUAGUUUCAUACAACGAGUCCUUUCACACUAUCUCCAGCCUUACUGGUGCCACCCUCACUCUAGAUUGGACUCAUAACCAAGAUGCGCCUUUCAUCCUCGCCAGCUCGGAUACGGAUCUGUCGUCGGCGACAUUUGUCGGUACGAACCCAGCCGAAGCUUGGAUGCAAGCUAGCUAUGACAGAAUAGAGUGUCUCACGUUGAGAGAACUGGCUAUGCCUGGUAGUCAUGAUUCUGGAAUGUCCCAAUUCAAUGGAGGGAGGGGAGGAGCGAGUCCUACAAACGUGCAAACGCAGACACUGGACAUUGGCGGUCAGCUACGGGCUGGUGCAAGGUACUUUGAUGUCCGCCCAGUGAUUGCCGGUGGACACUGGGCGACUGGACAUUAUAGCUGGGGAAAAAUCCUAGGGUGGCUGGGUGGUAAUGGGCAGAGUAUCACUAGUAUCAUUGAACAGGUCAACAAUUUCACAGCCAGCAAUAAUGAGUUGAUCAUUCUCGAUCUGUCACAUGGUCUGGAUACUGACAAUUUCGAUGGGGACAUGAACAAUCACCUCACUCAAGAAAAUUGGAACGACCUCAUGACUGUCCUGCUACAGCUCAACCAUCGCUUGAAUGGCUUCGAUUCCUCAGGGGACCUUUCCGUCAUGCCAAUUUCGGACUUUAUCGAAACCGGACCAGCCGUGGUCGUUAUUGUUAGAGACAAAGUCAAAGGCGGCGGCAACGUAGAUCUCUCCACUGUUGCGCAAGCUGGAUUCUUCCAAGACAGUGCACUGCCAAUUUAUAACAAUUACACAGAUACCGAUCAAUUGGAUGUAAUGACUAACGACCAGCUUCAAAAAAUGCUAGAGAACCGCCAGGAUCCCGAAUCAGAAAUGUUUCUUCUCUCCUGGACCUUGACUCAGGCGACUCGAGACAUACUCAAUCCAGCUUUCGCCAGCAUCCUCGAUUUGGCGGCGACAGCUAAAGUGGCCCUAUGGGCUCCUCUGUGGAACCGGAUGAGCAGUCAGCAGUAUCCCAACGUCCUGAUGGUUGAUGCGUUUCAAGGAAAUGGAGAUGUAACGGCGAUGGCGCUGGCAAUCAAUUAUCAUUUUGCAAAGAUUUGUCCUGUCCUUGUAGGACCUUCAAGCUUUGCGCAGGUGAUUUUAUCCAUUGGUGGGUUUUCAUAG